UAUUCUUUUGUUCCACUUCAGGGGGAAAGUUAUGAGGAAUCCCGAUAUCUCCGAAGUGCACCGCUUUUAAUAGUGUCACUGGGUACAUCAUACGAGUUUGCGAUGGAAGAAAUUAGGUGGUUUUCUAUGCCGACGAAACAACUAAAAAUGACUGGUGCGUAACACAUUUAGAAUUAAACUUUUUUUCGUUUUACUGCUUUUAAGACGCUUUAUGUGGUGAGCUUGGGCUUAUUCGUAGCAGUUCAGCUCUAGAAUUCGAUGCGAACAACGACUCGAAUUUACACUGCAAAAGUUAAACAGCUUGGGAAAGCUUCAACAUUACGAAAGUUCCAUGUAACAAUAACUGGGAAUGAUAGCUGCAGCAUUGUUUAAAGUUCUGGCUAUUUCGGCAAUUGCAUCUGUGCGACUUGGUUUCAUUUCGUUUUUUCCAGCAAAAUCCGCGUUGAAAAACGCUACGGAAGUCAACAUUCAGGACGAUUUUGAAACUGGGAAGCCAUUCACUGAAGAGGAAUUCAAAUCUUUCAGCAUAAAAAAGGAAGACUACGAGCUAAACGAAGUUGGCGAACGGAGCGGGUAGCACAUCCAGUGUGGCAAUGAUAUUACGCUCAUGGGUAGGAAAAAUGUUCUUCUCACCUCGUCGAAUCGUUGGCCAAAUGCAGAAAUUCCUUAUGUAAUCUCGGCAUCUUAUACAUCCAGGCAGCGGGAAAUUAUCGCUUCAGCUAUAAAAGCCUAUCACACGCAUACUUGUAUCCGUUUUGUUCCCCGAACUGUUGAGGAUAACUACGUCAGGAUCUCGAAAACUGGACAGGGAUGCUGGAGUGAUGUGGGCAUGGUUGGCGGUAGACAAAAAGUGAGCCUGGACGAUCAUUGCGUUUUGUUUUCCAGACCUGGACUUGUCAUGCAUGAAUUGAUGCAUGUACUUGGGUUCUAUCACGAACAUCAACGUCCAGAUCGUGACAAAUAUGUGUCGAUCAAUUUCGAUAACAUUGAAAGGAGAAAUAGAGAUUACUUUCAAAAGACAAAGAUGUGGGACCUGACAACUACAAGAUUUUCUUAUGACUAUGGGUCGUUAAUGCAUUAUCCAUCGGAUGCUUUUGCCAAGGAUCCAACUAUCCCAGUCAUCAAACCGCUCCGUGGGAAGCCUGCUUUAGGUCAACGGAGAGCUUUUAGCGCACUGGACCUCAAAAAACUAAACCGUUUCUACUGCAAGGCUUCGGGGUUGUACGGUUUCAGUGGUGGUAAGCCUAUCAAACGCUGGGGAUUUCGCAGGCCAGUCCACUUUUAUUCUAAAUUUUAAUUUUAACUCUGAACUAUAAUACUUAUGCUGUCACAUUUUUAUAACAUGUUAUAAUCUUUUUGAUUUACGGAAUAUAGUUUAAUUUAAUUUGGA